AUGACAAAUAACGACACAAGCGCCUCAGAUAACGACCAACCGAAAGACGCGACAGAUUUCCAAGAAGUCCCCGCCGGUACCGUCGAGAAGGGAAACAUCUUCGAUCAAGGCGGCAAGACAUACCGAACCCUCGGCCGCUGGGACACGGUCCUUAUCCUCUUCACAAAUCAGCUCGGUCUUGGCAUCUUGUCUCUACCAGCAACAAUCAAGACCCUCGGUAUCGUGCCAGGAAUUAUAGCCAUUCUGGGUAUUGGUGCAAUUUCUUGGUAUGCUGCGUAUUGUCUGUUGCAAUUCUAUCGCAAACAUCCCAAUGUUGUCAGUAUCGUUGAGAUGACGAGGAUCGUGGGUGGACCGUGGUUUGAGUCGCUAGCUGGUUUCGUCAUGAUGAUCCAGGUCGUCUUUAUUGUUGCUUCUGCAACUGUCACUCUGUCUGUCGCACUCAACACGUUGAGCAGCCAUGCGACGUGUACUGUCAUCUGGAUUCUGGUGGCUUGCGUGGCUUGUUAUAUCCUUUCCAUCCCGCGAACCAUGAAGUUUGUUUCCAAGGCUGGAGUCCCCAAUGCUGUUAGUGUCGUGGCGGCUUGCUUGAUCGUUUUGGUCAGUUUGGCUGUUUCUGGACCUGCCAUUGCUCCUUCCGAUUGGCACAGGGAGCUCAAGGUUGUUGGAAAUCCGACAUUCCGUGACGGUCUUAAUGCUUGCCUGCGCGUGGUUUUCUCCUACGCCGGUACCUUUACAUUCCCAUCAUACAUGGCAGAGAUGAAGGCUCCCGAGAAGGAUUUCAAGUUUGCGUUGGCUGUUCUCGAGAUCGGAAGUACACUCUUCUAUAUCGCCAUGGCUGUGGCUCUGUACUGCCUCGCAGGCGAUCUCACCACGUCUCCCGUCCUCAGCGCAGCUUCUUCGAUCCCUGCUAAGGUCGCCUACGGAAUUGUCCUCCCCGCUGUAGUCGCUACAGCUCUUUCGAUCGGCCACACUGGCUGCAAAUACGUCUACGUUACUCUCAUGCGCCAAAUGCGAUCUACCCACCAGGUCACCGACAACAGCGUCAAGUCUUGGGUCACAUGGAUCCUUUCUGUUACUGGAUUCUGGGCUCUGAUCUUUGUCAUUGCGAAUGUCAUCCCCAUCUUUGACUCUAUCUUGUCGAUUACAUCCGCUACGACCAUUCCCUGGUUCACGUAUGGAUUUGCGGCAAUUUUCUGGCUGCAUCUUAACAAGGGACUGUACUUUUCAUCGUGGCAGAAGAUGCUGCUGACACUUUUGAACGUCACCAUGAUUGGUGUCACACUGUUCUUGAAUGCCGGUGGAUUGUGGGCUGCUAUCACAGAGUUGUUGGAUCUCUUUGAGAAGAACGAAGAUGGCGUUGGAGGUGUUUUCUCAUGUGGAGAUAACUCCAUCUUUUAA